AUGGACAAAGGAUUGUUAGAACCAAUAUAUUGUCACAAAUGCAAAAAGAAAACUAAAAAUUUUAAACCAAUCAAGGUUCAAACAACAAAUGGUCUAUAGAGAAUUUCAACACAAUGUUUAAAAUAUAAAACAAACAAAAGUAAAUUUAUUAAAACUCCUUUAGGAAAAGAAACAAUUUCAAAAAUAAAAUUUGAAAAAAUAACAAAGCAAGAUAAACGAAGUAUUGCAAAAGAACUUCAUAAACCAGUAAGAUCUCUAUUUCUAAAAAGGAAAAUAAAAACAUAUGGUAUUGAUGAUUUGUGGCCUGCAGAUUUAGUUAUAAUGAUAAAUUAUGGUAAUGAAAAUUCAGGUUAUUUAUAUAUGUUGAAUGUUAUGGAUACUUUUUCAAAAUUUGCUUAA